CAGGGGACAAGCCCCUUCUGCCUGCUGGGAAGGGGAGCCUCCCCCACUCCCGGCAGCUUCAGACUCUCCGGAUCAGGAUCGCAGUUCACAGUUCACGAAGAUCUCAGCUGCACCUGGACGUUCACUUCCCCUUUCCCAGGUUUUUAGGGUCAAGAGGAGACAGUCUCCACAAUGAAGAAUAAUGAAAACCUAAGUUCCUUAAAAGGGACAGCAUCAGAAGUUCUCAAAUAGACUGUCAAUGGCAGGAUACCAGCUCUGGUCACCAUGGACCCCACUGGACGAGAGCUUCCAAUGGCUGCGGCACACAACACCUACAUCUUCUUCAAAGCACCCUUUUAGGGCUUCCCCCUGCUUCCCACAUACCCCUUCUGACCUUGAAGUGCAGCUUUGCUUUCAAGAGGUCACUCUAGUUCUAGACAGCCCAUUCCUGGAGCCUGGGGUGAGUCCCAAGUUACCCUGCCACACAUCAGAGCUCCAAACCAUGAACAACAAGAAAGGGCUGGUCAGGAAGCCCCAGGCUGUCCGCCUCAGUGGAGUGGAUUCCGUGUUUGGCAGGGUCAUCACAGCUCAGCCACCAAAAUGGACCGGAACCUUCAGAGUUUCAGACAAAUCAGCCUUUUGCAAAAUCAUCAGCCGGGAGCACCAGUGGCCCACUGGACUUAAGGAACCUCAGAUUCAGAUGACAGUGACCAUGUGCAAACAGAUGCUGCGCUCUAUCCUCUUACUGUAUGCAACAUACAAGAAGUGCACUUUUGCCUUACAACACUCCAAGUAAAGGGUUCCCAUCUGAUUCCUGUUCCUUAUACCAUGCUCUUUUACUAUGUGUCUGAAGUUUACAGAAACCUGUCUGUGUAAAGGAAACUGACAUCACCCCAGCAAUCUUGCUUUUCUGUCACGCAGUGACAAUUCAGGAACCCCUUUAUUUCCUUUCCCCUCCAAAGAAGGCCAGUGACCGGAGCAAAGGAGAACAUUUCCACUGUAAAGCUGAACAACAUUUAAAAGAGAGUCAAACUAGCGUGAACAUGUACAUGUGAUAAAGAACCAUUAAACCAUAUAAACCAAUGAGCCUAGUGUGAACUCACUUCAACAUCUAAGACGACAUCAUGUUCCCCAAAAAUGAGUUGGGGAAACAAAGGGGUGUCAAGGAAGGAGAUUAUGGAUUUCCACGUACAUGAGGACGAAGGGAUCAAAAAUUUAUAGAUGGUUCAAGGAUUAAAAAAAAUAAUAAAAAAUAAUCCCCCCCCCCCCCCCACCAAAUCAACAACAAAAAACCCUAACAACCACAUCCUAAUGCCACUGGAGAGUACUAAAGUGGGUAGAAAUAUUAACAAAUAUUAAAUAAAUAUUUAUAGCCUGCCAAGAAAGAACUUGGAGGCAGCAAUGAAACUGGGCUUUCUGGCGGAACACAAGAGAGCUCCCCAUUUUAGCUGGUGUACUACUAUUCUACUUCUAAUAAACAACAAGUAAUUUCGUAGCAUUCUUGUAACUAGAUUAUAGGUAUAACUCAGAAUAAUGUGGAAAUAAAAUAAACAUAUAUACAAAGUCAA